AUGGAUAGACAUGACCUUAACAGAUUUCGUGGUUUAGACAUGAACCAUGGCUUCAUUAAAUCCAUUGUGAAGAAUCAAAUCGACAGAGAUGAAUAUCAUAAGGUUAUGGAGGAAAGGAAAAUCGAGGCGCAAGGAAGAGUUCACAAAAGUAUAUCGAAUUUGUUAAUCGAAUGCAAGCUUUAUGUACCUCCUCAUCUUCGAGCAAAGUCUGACGAAACCACCUUUAAGAGGGAUUUUCUUGAUCGAGUAGGUUUUCUUUCUUACUUUUCGGAGCUAUAUUUCUGUAUAUUUCUACUUCGCUUAGAAUCCAUUUUUUCGUAUGAACAACUGGCAUAUUUUUGUCGCCGUCUUAUUAAGAGUAGCUCAGAAGAUUUUCAGACCGACAACGCUGCUCGUUUAGCAAAAGAGUUGGGUCGAAAACACGGAUUUACGGAUGAUCAAUGCCGAAUGUUACGGCUUACUCUUGAGAGAGAAUUGGAAGCAAGGUUGCCAUCGUGA